UUGCGAUCCGUUUGGUAAAGGGUCCUGGUGUUCUCGUCGUUGUACCGAAUCUGGAUACUGGAUACAUAUACUUGUUCAACGACGAAUUUCUGCCUGAUCAAGUGCAUAAAAAGUCAGUUAUCGAAGUUAUCCCUACUGUGGUCAGGUGGUACCGAACGCUCUGUGUGCCAACGAAGUUUUCACGAUUUCAAGUUUUGCUGGUAGCAAAUAUAACUGAUUGUGCAUUUCAUCGUUAGUUUAAGUGUGGUACGAUUAAAUUGGAAUACUGUGAUUUUAUUUUGUGGAAAUAGUCUUUGAAUACGGUGAGAAAAAAUGAUCUUCGCAAAAGCCUUCGGUUUUCUUUUGGUGUUGACGAUAUCGUCAAGACUUGCCAGAGCAGCGGACGACGAUAUCAUCGAAAAAGGCUAUCGGACCGCCUUUCGCGUGUACGAGGAAUGCCAGCAGCAGAACAUCGGUCUCUCGCCAUGUUUGAAGAAAAAGGCGAUUUCUUUUCUCGAUAGAGUCGGCAGAAUUAACAGCAAUAUACCGAUCACUGAUAACGUUGAAUUGAUCAAAAAUGCUCAUGCAGAUUCACUGCGUUAUUCCGAACAGGAACUUGAAUCUCUUGGCAGAGCCGGAUCCUCUAGAGAAGAGACGUUGAACACCAUCCUGUUCAACAAGGUCACCUCUCUAAUGAACGGUUUUGACGUACAAAUCAGUUUGCCAAAAAUGACGUCCACUGACCUCAAACGAAGCAUCGAAGAAGGUCGAGGUAAAAUGAAGAAGAUGAUGGGCAUGAUGAUGAUGGGUAUGGGCAUGAAGAUGAUCGCCAUGGUACCGCUAGGGAUGAUGGGCCUGUUCCUGCUGGCGGGAAAAGCUUUCAUAAUUGCUAAAAUAGCUCUGGUCCUUUCCCUCAUCAUUGCCUUGAAGAAGCUGCUCCAGCAGAAGCAAGGAGGUGGAGGUGGAGACAUGCACCACGGUGGGGGUUGGCAGAGCAGCGGCGGCGGCGGCGGCGGCGGUGGCGGCUGGGACAGGAGCAUGAGGAGUCUGGGUCUGGACGCCGUUGUACCUGUGCCCGAAGGCUUCAAGCAGACGGACGAGAGUUUCGCUCACAGUUUAGCCUACAAAGGACAAAUCAGCGAAACCCAUUAAUUGUG